GAGGGGAGAGUUCAUAUCUUCUGGAAGCAAUGACGUAUUAACUACUGCAUUAGGGAGCCAAGAACCUUACGGAAGGGUUAGAGGUGUAGGGGGAUUUGUGAAGCCCCAAGUCUACUUCAAAACUCCAAGGAAGAAGAGGGAGUUGGUGUCAAAGGCUUUGGCUGAAAACUUCAAAGAGCAAGCGGAGGAAACAAAGAUUUUGAAAGCUGAAGUUGAAAAACUGAAGGCUCUUCUUGCUCGAUUUAUGCCAGAAACAAGUGAUCGAGUUUCUGAACGUGUAGCAUCUAACAAGUCAUCGCACAUGGCAGUUCAAAUAUUGGAAGAUGAUGUGGAAGUUUUUGAAUGCGACAAUUCAUUCAAUCAGGGGAAAAAAUGUCAUUUGGCUCUGAAGAAUAAGGGGAAUGUGGUGGCAUAUGGCACGAUAGUAUCCGACGGAGGCCCAAAUGUAAUGCUGCACAAUGCUCCACUUGGGGAAGGCAACUUAAAGGUGUCUGUUGAUGUUGUUUUACAGGAGGAAGCAGAGCUUCCAAUUCCACUUAAGUCAGGACCAAUAGUAAUGGUAGAUGCUGUUGGAACUGUGGUUGGCUGGCCAAAAGAAUUGGUGAUAUUUCCGACGACAAAGAAAACGGAGAAACCUGCACCACCAUUUGCUAUUUUGGAGGUUCCUGAUGAGAAAAAAUAA